AUGGCACAAUGGUGGCAGAUCCUCUUGGGAUUGUGGAUGGUCAUGCCCACCUCAUCAGGGGACAAGCCAGUCAACAUCUGCAUGAAUGCCAAGCACCACAAGCAAGAGCCUGGCCCAGAAGACAAGCUCUACUUGGAGUGCGCUCCCUGGAAGGAUAAUGCCUGCUGCACGCUCACCACAAGCUGGGAAGCCCACCUGGAUGAGUCCUUGCUCUUUAACUUCAGCAUGAUGCACUGUGGACUGCUAACCCCCAUGUGUCAUAAGCACUUCAUCCAGGCCAUCUGCUUUCAUGAGUGUUCCCCCAACCUGGGGCCUUGGAUCCAGCUGAUAUCUCCCCCUCUCUCUUCCUGCACCCAGGUGGCCCCGAACAGGCAAGAAGAACGGGUUUGGGGCGUGCCACUGUGCUGGGAGGAUUGUGAGGAGUGGUGGAAAGACUGCAGCUCAUCUUACACUUGCAAAUCCAACUGGCGUAGUGGCUGGGACUGGAGUCAGGGGAAAAACCGCUGCCCGGUACAGGCGCCCUGCCGCCCUUUCUCGGAUGUAUUCCCCACCCCCACUGAUCUGUGUGAGAAGAUCUGGAGCAACGCAUUCAAGGCCAGUUCUGAGCACAGGAAUAGUGGCCGGUGUCUGCAGAAGUGGUUUGAGCCCACCCAGGGCAACCCUAACGUGGAAGUGGCCCUCCACUUUGCCAGCUCUGCUUCAGCCCGGGAGCUGUCUUACAGCCUCUCAGCCAUCUCUCUGUACCUGCUGCUCCAUUCCUGA